CCUGACCUUCAUCAACUCUGGACUCAACCUCAUGGAGGAAGACAAAUCUCAGGUCAAUCAACCUGAACUGAAUAGUCCAGUUCUGUUCUAUCAGAGUGCUGUGAAUACGGCCUUACAGAGUCCAAACGGACACCUAGACUUGUUCCUCCGCUUCCUCCUGGGUCUUUCACUGCAGACCAAUCAGAGUCUCCUACGAGGUCUGAUGACUCAGACGGGAAGUAGCUCACAGACCAAUCAGGAAACAGUCCAGUUCAUCAAGGAGAAGAUCAGUGAGGAUCUGUCUGCAGAGAAAAGCAUCAACCUGUUCCACUGUCUGAAUGAACUGAAUGAUGGUUCUCUAGUGGAGGAGAUCCAACAGGUCCUGAGGUCAGGACGUCUCUCCACAGAUAAACUGUCUCCUGCUCAGUGGUCUGCUCUGGUCUUCAUCUUACUGUCAUCAGAAGAAGAUCUGGAAGAGUUUGACCUGAAGAAAUACUCUGUUUCAGAGGAGGCUCUUCUGAGGCUGCUGCCAGUGAUCAAAGCCUCCAACAAAUCUCUAGUGAGUGACUGUUUCCUGUCAGAGAGAAGCUGUGCAGCUCUGUCCUCAGUUCUCAGCUCUCAGUCCUCCAAACUCAGAGUUCUGGACCUGAGUUACAACAACCUGCAGGAUUCAGGAGUGAAGCUUCUGUCUGCUGGACUGGAGAGUCCACACUGUAAACUGGAGAGUCUCAGGUCAGAUUUUAUUCAACUGUUUUUCUCUUUUUCAGAAGACAUUGUCACUGUGCUCACCUCGGCUGUGGCGGGUAGGGUUCUGUCCCAUGGCUAAGUGCUGUGGGGUGUUGCCCUUUGUGUUCCGGGCUGGGUGGGCAAAGUGGCGAUGCCCUAUGUGGUGCCAAGCUACAUUUUGUUUACUCAGUUUUUUAUUCCAUGAUUUUACUGUUUUCAUAUGAAGGGUUGAGGCUCAUACCAGGGGGAUGUGGGGUGGGGCUAAUGUGGGUUUCUUGGGUGGAUGUUAGGAUGAUUAAGUGCAUAUGUCGGGUGGGUGUUGGGCGGAAUUGAGGUGGGGUGUUGGUAUGAUUAAUGUACUGUAUGUAUAUUGCUUGUGUCUUGUAUAUUUUUAAUUUUUUGUUCUCAUUGUUUUUAUGUGCAGUGCUUCGAGCUGCCUCAAGAAAAUGAAAGGCGCUUUACUACUAAAAGUUGAUU